GGAGGUCUUUUGAGCCACAAGGGGGGCGGGGCUUAUGAGGAGAAGGCGUCGCCAAAAACAGUCGUCCAACAGGUUCGGUAGUGUCAACAUCGGAAGAAAAAAAACGUCAUUUUUGUGGUUUUAGUUCACAUUGGUGGACCUUGGAAAGAAUAACCAGGCCAAAGGAUUUUCCAUCGAGGUGUUUGGAUUGAAGCAGAAAGUGCAAACUAGUCCUCUGCAGUUAUGUCUGGCUACCCAAACCAGGGCCCCUACCCGAUGCCCUAUCACGGGGGCCAGGGCCAAUCGGUGGUUCCAUACCCUGCUUUUCAGGGUGGUUACGGAGAUUCCGCUCAAGCCCCGCCUCCAGGCUUUAACAUGGAUUACAACCAUGGUCAAAAUCCUCCUGUCACAUUUCAACCGGCACCUAUGGGCCAAGAAGGGGCGGUCUCAGGUGGACCCCCCAUGUAUGUAGGCUCCCCCCACCAGGGGGCAGUGGGCCCAGCGGAAAUGGUGCCUCAUGCUGCCACAAAUGUUGUUGCUGUUGGGGUCCCUCCAGGACUGGAAUACCUAACACAGAUUGACCAGAUUCUCAUCCACCAGAAAGUGGAACUCCUCGAAGCUUUCAUUGGCUUCGAGACAAACAACCAAUAUGAGAUAAAGAACAGCUUGGGCCAAAAGAUCUACAAAGCCAAGGAGAAGAACGACUGCUGUACCAGAAACUGCUGCGGUUCGCUACGAAGUUUUGACAUGAAGAUCAAAGAUAACUCAGACCGCGAGGUCAUCCGCCUGGUGCGGCCCUUUCGAUGCGUGUCCUGCUGGUGCCCGUGCUGCCUACAAGAGUUGGAGGUCCAGGCCCCUCCAGGCACCACGGUGGGCUACGUCAAACAGGACUGGCACCCUUUCCUGCCACGCUUUUCCAUUCAGGAUGCCACCAAGGAGACCCUGAUGAAGCUGGAGGGUCCUUGCUUCGCCUGCAACUGCUGCGGGGAUGUCAAUUUUGAACUGAAGAGCAAAAAUGGCAGCCAACCCAUCGGUCGCAUAAGCAAGCAGUGGAGUGGACUUUUGAAGGAAGUCUUCACCGACACAGACAACUUUGGCAUUCAGUUUCCUCUGGACAUGGACGUCAAGAUGAAAGCUGUCCUCCUGGGUGCAUGUUUUCUAAUUGAUUUCAUGUUCUUCGAGAAGGUGGGCGAGGCCAACCAGCGCAGCACUGUCUUUUCUUGAAACCAGUGGGGUAAAAGCCAACAGCAGUGAUUCAUGAGUUUGAUAGUGACAUUGUAUUAUUUACUUGUUAUUAAUACCAAUAUUAUAUAUUAUUUUGUAACGCUUUCAUUUUUAAAAGAUCAAAGCAAGCCAUAUGUAUGUAUGUAUGCUACCUCUCAACCUUUCAAUGACACUCCAUCCACUACACUGCACAUUGGGUUCUUUCUACUUUAAUACUUUUAUACUCUUGUAUAACUUUCUACUGCAAUUAAAGCAAAGUGGAAAGUAAGCAAUAGAAUAAAGCAAUAUUCAAGUUUUAUGGAAAAUAUGAAGUUGUAUGCCAUACUUUGUAUAUGCAAUCGGGAAAAUCGAGCCCCUUCAGAUUUUGUAUGUUUACCCCUUGACAAAGAUAUAAAUGAUAAAUAAAUGAUAAAUGGGU